CAGCACUGGACAUACGCAGAAGGACGCGGAGCGGUGGACUGGCUCGGCGAAUAACCCAAGAUUAAAAUUAAUUUAUAACUGAAUAAUUAUCGCGAAUCAUGAAAUAAAAAGUUUAUAUUUGCAAUCCGCAAUUAAAUUGAAAACGAUUCGCAUUGGUUUCAUCCUUGAAAUAUGAGUGCCUGUUUUGAGAAUACCAUAUAUUAUGAUUUCUCGCAGCUGAAAUAGUUUUUGAUUUUUCUUUUAAAAACAAAAGCACCCGCAAUUUUUUGGAGUGAGAUUGUUAAUAUUGUUAACGAUUCCGCAAUUAAUGGAAUUUUUUAAAUUCAAAAAUAUGCAAAUCGUUCGCCUAGGUCCCGGAGCUGGCUUGUACGCGUCGCGCCUCCUCCUCCUUCUACAUUUAGGUAAUUUCUUUUUUAUUUAUUAUCUCGGAACUUUGCACUCGUCGAAAUCGAGUAAAAAAUCGAUUCCAAUGCAAAAUUGAACGCUCUUUCGAAUGGUGCAGGUCAUUUUACUGUACGUUAAUCCGUUUUCGAGAUAUAAGCAAAAUUAAUUUCUGCACACAUAGAACCCGUUAACCUAGGAAGCUGCAAAUUUCAGAAUCGUCUUUUUCGACCUCGAUUUACCUAUUAACCGAAAUGCAGCCAUUUCUAUCGCAUUUCGAUUUCUAAGCUAAUUUCACUGGACUAAGUUGGGAACUCGGAGUCCCGGAACUGUUACAUAGUUGAGUAUGCGCACUAUAGCGCAUCUUGACGAUACCUACAAGGAACAAAAAAAAAAGAAGAAGAUAAGUUUUUAUGUACGCGUCAUUCAUUGUUUCUUAACCGUACAGCAAUUACUUCCUUAGAAAAAUGUAAUUCAGGUUAUUCAUAUGACAUAAUCUUGUGAAAUUGAUUUUGUCAUACAAAAAAUAUUGUCUGCUGUCAAACAUGUUGCAACAAUUGUCUGGUGUCAACAUUGUACUGUUUAUCGCUGCAGGGGUUCAAACUGUGAUUCUUCUAUUUAUUUUUGCAAAAAGACAAAUAAUGCGAUUCACUUUGCGCUCUAGAAGAGGUCCUCACACUCCAAUAGCAUAUGAUACUAUUAAAUCUCUUAGAAAGGAAAUAGAUCGAAGGAUUCAUGUUAUUCCAAGGAUACAGUAUGAGCCAUAUCUUGAUGAGAGUAUACAUAAAUUAAUGAAUGAAGGUCCAAUUCCUUCCCAUUUUUACAGAUUAAAAGCUGUAAAUGAUUUUAAAAAAUUAGAAUUACAAAUUAAUCAUCAGAAUAACUUUUUUAAACGACACCCAAAAGAAAAUAUACGAGGAUACUUAAUUAAUGCAUUAUCAGAUAAUUUAACUGGAAAUGGACAACACAUGAUUCAUGAAUUUUGUGAUUUAUAUGAACAUGCUCGUCAUGAUCCAUCAGAAUUUCAGGAUGAAGAAUAUGAAAUCUAUUCAAAAUUAUUACUGAAAUUAAUUGACGCUUAUGUUUAAUAUAGAAAAAGUAUAUUAUGAGAAAUUUUUCAAAUGCAACAGGGUAAACACUUUUUUGGUUUUUACCUCUAUUUUUUAAUAAUUAAUGAUGAUGAAAAUAAAGUGGUGUCAACAUUAGAACUACAUCAUAUUUUGUAAUAUUUAUGGGUUAUAUUGGGCUAUUGGUUUAUACAUUUUUUUUCCCUGAAAAUAAAUAGUAUUCUGUUCUAUUCUA